AUGCUGAAUGUGGGGGGAGGGCAUUUUCCACACGAAUUGAGGCAACUCAUCAGUGCUGCGUUGGACGUUGCCGUCAAAGCUGCCAGUGCCGCAGAGGAGCUGCUGUGCCAGACCGAAGCCGAGGCCAACACCGCAAAGAUAAUGGAGGCUGAAGUCAAAGAGAAGGAGUCGGGUGAUGAGGAUGAAAUGUAUGUGAGUGCGAGGUUGGCUGCGGAUAAGGCGAGCACUGCCGUGACGGUGUCCCUUAAGGUGAGGGAAAAGAUGGAGGAGGCGAUGAACGCGGCGACAGAAGCUGAGAAUGCUCGAAAAGAGAUUGAGGAAAUAAUGAAGUUAGCUUCAACAGGAACGGCUACUGGGGGCGCGCAUACUUCCGGCAGCAAUGCACAUCCACCCGCUGCACCCUCCGCUAAAAUGACAAUGGGAAAUCCUUCUGUGCCACAACCAGAAGAAAUGAGGCCGGCAACCACAACAACCAGGACAACUACAAGCGGCUCCAGCAGCAGCACACUACAUACAUCUCAGAACUCGAAAGCAACGGUCACCGGUCCAUCCACCACCGGAAGCACGGUUCAUGGUCAUGGCGUUUUUAAUCCUGCGCAAGAGCCGCCUGCAGCUGGUACAAGGAAAACAGCGGUGGUGGGUAAUCCCCAAGAGCCUACUGAGGUGCAGUUCGGGGCCUACGCCGCCCCUCACAGUGAGAAUGACGAAGGUUCCGCUGCAUCGGAAAGCAGAAACACGACAUCUGUGGCUGGUACCCCACCCAUGAAUAUGAGCGGGUAUUCGCAUGACAACGGUGUGCUGGCAGACGGCAGCAACAAUGUUUGGCGGGCGCGUUUGCUACUGCUGUGUAUGGUGGUGAUGACGUCAUUGUGCAGCGCCGUCGUGCUCUGA